AUGGCCCAUUCAUUCCCACUCUGCAACCCUCCUGCCCUCGUCACCAUAUUGCGCAGCAGCCCCAAUUUACCCAAGCUCAACAACUGCCCCCCAGUGUCUACUAGUCGUCCAGCCCUCCAGCCCUCCAGUCGUCCCGACGCCCUGUCUCGCCCCCUUUUGCCAUGCCAUGACCAGCCAGCUAGGGCCUCAUUCCGGUCACAGCUUCUUGCUUCUUCAACUGGCUCCUCCAGACCCCCGCAACCCCGAUGCAGGCACCUGGGGCUUGCAGUCCUCGCAAAGUCUUGGGUACCAUUCCUGCACCUCAUCCCGCGGUUGGGCACCAAGUUCCCGUUACGCUCUAAGCGCCGUUGCACACGCUCGGCAUCCAACAUCCAACCACUUGCAGCAGGCCUGUCCGCCUGUCCGCCUGUCCGUCCUGCCGUCCUGGUGCUAAAAAUGGUGCUAAAAAUACCUACUAACUGCCUAGCAUCCGAUGUGUCACAGACCAAUCAUAUCUACGGCACCAUGGAACUUCUUCUUGCAGGCGUCGAGUUGCCUAAGGAAUAGUACGGGGGAAGUAGCGAAGCUGCAAUCCCGCAAGAUAAGUAGGUUGUUGGGUGUACGGACCCACUGGUUGGUCCUGCGGGCAAUCAGCCCAUGGCCCUAACAAACGCCCUCCUGUUCAAACGUUUAAGCCCGCUGCUCGAGCAUGGACGAAGCCAACCUUGGUAGGGCAGCCAACCACACUUGACACGAUGGGAAACUCAAGCAACAACGCAAAGGGCACCAUUCUUGUCACGGGGGCAAACGGUAGUCUCGGUAGCGCACUCGUUUCCCGUCUCUUGUCGAGGCCCGAGGCGGCGGCCUACCACGGAAUCUACACUGCACGAAAUACAGACGCAGCACCGGCCUUGAAGUCUGCCCUCCAGACCGGGAAGUUCGCCGGCUCUCACUCCCACGAUGUGAUCUCUCUUGAGCUGACGAACCUCGACGCUAUCCGCACCGCGGCUGCCACGAUCAACAAGCGUGUAGCCGCAGGCGAGAUCCCUCCGAUCCGGGCGCUGGUGCUGAAUGCGGGCUACCUUGAGUUCUUGAAGCAAACAUGGACCGAAGACGGCUUUGACACGACGUUUGCGUCCAACUAUCUCGGGCACUGGUUGCUAGCAAUUCUCCUGCUCCAGAGUAUGGAUCCCCAGGCCGGCAGGAUUGUCGUCAUUGGGAGCGAAUCCCAUGAUCCGUAUAAUUCAAAAAGCAAAGCCGCGUUCAAUGAGGAGAGAUGGAUGACAUUCCUUGAUGACCAUAGCUGCGACGCGAUUGCCCGGGGGACAUGGAGCACCAACAAGGAGGACCCGUCAUUUCACUCUGGCUUCCGACGAUAUGGCGCCUCCAAGUUUUGCCAGGCAAUGAUGAUCCCUGAACUGCAGCGAAGGCUGGAUGCCGACCCCAAACUGUCACGGAUUUGCGUACUUGGCAUUGACCCCGGCUCCAUCGCCACUGACAUCACCCGUCGUGGGCCUUGGCUCAUAAGGGUUCUCAUCUUCGGUAUCAUUGUGCCCCUCAUCGCACGCCUCGCGGUGUGGCUUAACCCCAAUGGCCCUAUCCGCACCAUCGAUAGGGGCACAGCGGACAUCCUUGCCGCGGCUCUGGGUUUUGAUCAGCCCGUCGGAGAGUCUCCCAAGGCAAUGUACUUCUACGGAUCCCGUGUCGAGGAGAUGACUGCGGAGGCAAAGGACGAGAAGAAGCGCCGAUUGCUCUGGAAGGACACCCUCUGCUACACAGGCCUUAAGAAGGGCGAAAUCAUCCUUGCAAAUUGGGAAUGAAGCAAUGGAAUUCCGCAACGACGCAUUCCACUCGGCCUCAUGUCAUUUCAAUGACAGCUUGCUCCUACCUAAUUUACAGAUAGACCUUCAAAUUUGCUCGCCCUUGGUCCCCCCUUUUUACUCUAUUCUCAUAGUGCGGUAGGAUAGAGAUGGAUUCUUAAUUGUUCCUCACAUCCAAGUGUUAGCAUGUCGCCGCAUCCUUCAUGGUCACGCUGUAAUGACUUACCACCCUCCUGCAUAUAAGCAUAGUUUAUUACUGUAGAGCUUUUCGAACUCACAUUGGUUCGUCAGA